AAUAUUUUUGGUAAAGAAAAGCUAGAGUUGAAACUUGAAACUAUCAAUGUGUCCAGGCAGAAGAUGAACAUAUCAGGUUUUUUCUUAUUCAACUGUGUGAACAGUAGAGAGUACACGAUAAGCAGAGCAGAUCGAUUGUUAUUGUGAUUUUGCUGUCUCACCCUCGAGCCCAGCUUGAUUGUUCAAUCCGGGAACAAUCUCUUGUAUACUUGCGCUAUUGUUCUCAGUUGUUCAAAUUCAUUUUUUGUUACAGAAAUCAUCUGGGUGGCUGAGUUCAAGAUUUGAUCAACAUGGGCUUCUUGAUAACCUCCCUGAUUUUCAUUGUGGCGGGUGUCGUAGGGGCUCUCUUGGCCAGAAUCUGCUUCAACAGAGGAACUUCUGGAAACCUGUUUCACUUAACAUUAGUUAUUACAACAACAGUUUGUUGUUGGAUGAUGUGGGCAAUUGUAUAUCUUGCACAGAUGAAUCCACUUAUUGUUCCAAUUCUGAGUGAAGGCUAGUAAGGUGUUCUGCCAAAUGAGUUGACUCCAAUCAUUGGCUACCGCAUUGUAUAAUUGAUGGGUAAUGCAGAUUGCUGUAAUUCUUGACCCCUUUUAGAUUUUUAUGUUCUUUUUGUGUGGAGUUGGACAUCCAACAUUUCAAUGUUUGAUCUAUCUGCCUUGUCUUAACUCUUAAAUCACAUUUAUUGGUGGAGGUUAUGAAUUUUUAUGGUUCAAUAAAGAAGUGGAAUAUGAAUAUAGGAAA